UAAAUAUUAAAGAUGUCCUGUAAUUAUAAGAUCUAUCAGUUUUUUCAAAUACUUCCUGUUGUAAUUCUUCCCUCAAUUCAAAAUUGCGGAAACUCAAAUGUUAUACUUCGUCAUUUUACAAAAACACCAUACUUUAUUGGUGGUCUCUUUACUACUCAUGUUAAGGAGGGCAGCUCUUAUGUCCUUUAUGAAGGAAACAUUCAGUUGGUAUCAUCGAUGAUGCUUGCUAUUCAAGAAAUAAAUGAAAGUAACGAUAUACUACCAGGAAUAAAAUUGGGAUACGAGAUUCGUGAUACAAAUUUUGAGAUAUUGUGUUCAUGCAAUCAUGCUUUAGAUUUUUUGUUGGAAAAAAAUCAGAGCUCUGUUCUUGUAGGAGUAUUAGGACCUGGUUCAAGUUUUUUAAGUGUGGCUGUAAAUACCAUGUUACUAUCUGAUUUUGUCCCUCAUGUUUCGUAUGCAUCAACAAGUAUAUCAUUAUCAAAACGCUCCGUUUAUCGCAAUUUUUUUCGAACUAUUCCUACUGACAACUAUCAAGCAAAUGCUAUAAUUGAUUUAAUUGAUAAGCUUCAGUGGACAUAUAUAUCGUUAUUUACCUCAGAUGAUGAAUAUGGUCGAUUUGGUCGUGAUGAAAUUCUCAAAGCUGCAAAGGAUAAAAACAUUUGCUUUUCUGUUGAUCAAAAUUUUGAUCCAAAUCUCUCUGAUGAUAAAGUCAGUGUAAUUUUAGAUGCUAUUGAACAAAAUUCUCGCAUUGUAGUAAUAUGGAGCGAACCUUCUAUUGGAUCAAAAAUUGUUUUAAAAGCUAUAGCACGUGGUUUGACAAAUGUCACCUGGAUAGGAACUGAGUCAUGGAUAUUAGUAGUGCAACAAUUUCAUGACAAAAAUAAUACCCACAAUAUAAUUUUUUUACAACUCAAGGAUUAUUCCAUAACUGCUCUAAAUAAAGACAACUUCUCAGCAAAUGAAAAAAGUCAAAUAAAUUGUGAAAAUCCUUGGUUUAAAGAACUUUUGAGAAAAUAUGCAGCAAACGACUCUGUGUGUAUUACAAGUUUAGCCGCUGCUUUACCUAAAGGCUACAUAAGUCAAGUGUAUAGUGCUGUCUACGCUCUUGCAUAUGGUUUGCAUAAUUACUUGAAUUGCUCAUUUGAAAAAUGCUUUACAAGUUCUGGUUUAUUAGAUUAUGAGUUGCUAUACAAACACAUUAUCAAUACACAGUUUAUUGUUCCAAACAGUAACUAUUCAGUAAAGUUUGAUAAAAACGGAGAGUUUUUAUAUCCUGCGUACCAGUACAUGUUUGUUGAUCAAAAAGAUUUAAUUAAUUUUGGGACCUGGGAAUAUAAUCCAAACAAUGUACUAAUAAAUGAAGACAUCAUUGUUUGGAAAAACAACAUAAAACCGAAAUCCGUUUGCAGCUUAAAUUGCAACCCAGGUACAUACAGAGUCAAUUCAACGUUAUCAAAAUGUUGCUGGAUUUGUGUAAAAUGUCCUUAUGGCUCAAUUUCAAGCUCUGUGAACCAAUACUCAUGUACAAAGUGCUCGCUAAUGUCUUUGGAAAACUCAGAUCAGACACAAUGCAACAAAAUGUCGGAAAUCAACCUGAACGUUUUUAGUACCUCUGGUAUAAUUAUUAUUUUUGGAUCAUCAUUAGGUGUAUUUUGCACAAGUGUUGUAUUGAUUUUGAUUUUUAAAUAUCGGAACAAUCCAAUUAUAAGAAGUUCUAAUAAAGAAAUGUCUUGUAUUCAAGUAUUUUCUCUACAACUCUUGUUUUGCAUUUCAUUUAUAUAUUUUUGGAAACCCACUCCAAGUUUUUGUGUUUUAAGAACAUCAUUGUUCGGCAUUUUGCUCGCUACUGUUUUAUCUGUUGUUACGAUAAAAACAUACCGAUUGCUUCGGAUUUUUAACUCGAGAUUUAAAAAAGCCUCACAGUUUUUGGAUAACAAAUUUCAAAUCACUUUGACUUUCUCAAUUGUUUCAUUGCAAGCACUAGUUAUUAUAGUUUGGAAUAUAUAUAAUCCCACUAACGUCCAGAUUGUUCCUAACUCUUUGAAAAAUAUGUUUCAUUAUGUUUGUGAUAAUGAAAAAAUGGUUGUUUGGAUUUCGUUGUCAUAUUGUUUUGUAUUAGCUAUUGCAAGUUGGUGCAUGGCCUUCAGGGCACGCAAACUGCCUGAAAAUUAUAAAGAAACUCAAAUUAUUGUAUACGCAAUGUUUACUGUUUGUAUUCUAUGGUUUUCAUAUUUUCCUAUUUAUUUUAGUGUUGACCCACAUAUAGCAACAUUGGCAUUUUUAUCCAUUAACAUACUUUCGUGCUUUUCUCUUCUCAUUAUCUUGUAUGGUAAAAAAACAAAACGUAUUUGGCGUAACCCGAGGAUAAAGAGCGUAAAUUUUUUUUAUAACAGUUCUGCCGACAAGGUCUUACACACUUAUGUUGAGAAAGUUGUCCAAAAAGACGGCCCUACUAUUGACGUAGUACGUAACGUUGUAAUGUAUAACAAAACGGCUCAUUCAGAAACUAUUUUUUAAAACAAAGGCAUUUUAAUGCAUUGAUUUUCUAUGUGUUUUAUCAAACAGACGCUCGUGUUUGUGACUUUGUUAUGUUUGAACCUCAGUAAAGUUUACAUCCUUUUUCUUCACAUUUAAUAAAUUAAAAAUUAUAA